UGGGCAUUGCCGACAGGAAACGGUGUUCUCGCGAGACUUCAGCGGUCCAAAGGUUCUCCACUCAAAACAAACAGCCGCUGGAAAAGUCGGCUUUAAUCUCAGUAAACUUGCUCUUUUCUGCCGCUGAUGAGUGGUGAGGAGGAUGAGGAUGAGGAGGAUGAAGCUGAGGGUGAACCACAGCCAGCUGCUGCUGCUGUCCAGAGAGGAAACAUCUGGAAGCUUCCAGAGAGAAGGAACGCUGAGGGUCGGACGCCACCACACAGAUCUGUCGGAGCGGUUCUGUCGUCUGAGAGGAAACCUGCUGUUCCUCCUCAAGAAGCAGGAUGGUAAGCUAGUGGAGGUGUUGCUGUUGGAGAAUUGUGAAGUCAUGAAGCUUCCAGACGACGAUAGACGACUGACUGUCAAGUUUGCCAGUGCGGACCCUGCUGUGUAUCUGGAGGCGAGCAGCUCUGCAGAGUGUGUGUCGUGGCUCGCCGCCCUGAGGGACGCCAACACCGACACGCUGAGGAGACGCAUCACACACCUGCGCUCGCUCAUCAACACACACACCAGCCUGCACACACACACGGCUGCUUGCUGCAGGGCGGGAGGUGAAGACCUGGACGCUGCCGGAGGUGGAGCCGAACCUGCUGCUGAAGUCUCUCCACUGCACCUGACUGUCGAGUAUGGAGGUGUGGCUGCAGCCGGCCGAGUCGAGCUGAAGGUGUGUGUGAUCGACACACACACUCACACAGUCAGGAAGCACUGCUGCUGCCAGAUAGUGGAGGGACCGGAUGACGGCGUGUUUAAAACAUCUGUGUGUUUCCUUGGCGACCGCCCUCUCUACCGCCACAGCAGGAUCAAAGUCACCGCUUAUCACCGAGAGGAGCCGGGAACACACACCGCAAGGAGUUUUCUGGGCUUCACCUCCUUCUCCAUCAGAGACCUGCUGCGCUCCAAGGAGCCUCACCUGUCCCUCAGCCUCAGGACGAUGGACGGAGUGAACCAGGUGGGGGAGGUGAAGGUGUCCCAGCUGCAGAUGGAGGGAGAAACUCCUCCUGAACACCAGUGUCCGGCCCUGUGCGACAGCCUUCACAGCUCCAUCCACGACAGAGAAAACAGCCCAAUGAUGAGAGCCGUGCUGUGUGCUCAGGUGUGUAAGCUGUACAGGUUUCAGACGGAGGAUCAAAGAUGGCUGCUGGUGCGGGAACAGAUGUCAGAGACGCCGCUCUCCUUCUCGUUACCCAAACAGCUGCUGAACAUGCUCAUACAUGACCACACCAAUAGGGUCCAGGAAGUGAAGGACCUCGGUGACCUUUCACCCCACUGGGACGGGCUCCGUCAUGAUGUCAUCAACCACUGUAACCACCUGAUUGGCUGUUAUCAGGAAAUGCACGCUGAGCUCAACAAACUCUCAGCGUCGUCUUGUUUUAAAUCGAGCUGCAGUAAAUCAGACAAACAGCUUCAGUUUGUUCCGACUAACCUGCACACACAGAGGAUGGAGGUCACCGACCCCGACAGAUCAGGUGUCUGGUACGAGGUGAUCACGUUCGGCGCUCCGUCUGAUCAUCACCAGGCGUUCAAACACGGAGGACUGAAGAGGCUGCUGAGCAAACACACCACCCGCAGAGACAGCUGUGUGAGCUACUCUGAGGACGAGUCGUGCAGGGCGAGGGAGCUGCUGGCGAGCGUGGCCACGCUGCAGCCGCUGGUCUUCGGCCUCGCCGAGGAGCUGCUCGCCGUCUCUCUGGAGCUGAACGCCGCCCGGCUGCAGGCCGUGCUGGACCAACUCACUCAGCAGACGGAGCAGUUUGUUCACGCGCUGAAGGACGAGCUGGUGCGGAGCGCCCUGCUCGCCAUUCACAGCCGACCCGCUGAUGGAGGCCACGCCCACAGCAACGGGCUGACCUGUGACAGCACGCCGGCCAAUCAGGACGGCCGCAGCUCGCCGUGGCAACAAGAAACCGAGUACGACGAGGAAGCCUGGGACAGAGCGUGGGCGAACGUCGCCAUGAGUCUGAACUGCAUCAUCGUGCUGGUCGAUCGGCUGCAGGGCCGCGAGGACCGCCCACAGGAAGUGACAUCAUCAGAGCAGCAGGAAGCGGCAGGAGACACAAACUCUCAGAACACCGCGUCUUCUUCUUCUGCGUCCUCGGCGGCGUCCUGGCAGGAGCAGCUGCUCCCCCUGGUGGUGACCCUCAGGGACUGCGUGCGCGAGGCGGUGGGGAAGGCGCGCGCCGCCAUGACCUUCGUGGUGCUGCAGGGGGCGGCGGCCGCCACGCUCGCUCAGGGACCGCCGCACGUCGUCCAGAGACGCCACGCCGUCUUCAGCCAGGCCCUCGCCGCCGUUGUUUGUGGCGUUUUGUUGAAGCUGCACGGCGCCGCAGACGACCACGACUUCCUGCUGCGGCUUCACUCUGUAGGACUACUGGUUCAGUUUGAGGCUCUGCUGAGCACCUACGGUGAUGAGGAGGGGAUGCUGGAGGACAUGGAGGUGGGCGUGGCCGACCUGAGCGCCGUCUCGUUCUCCAUCACUGAGGCGAGAACAGACGAACCGGACGACCUGCUGCCGAGGCUCCGCGGGGUGUGGGGCGGUCUGGUGGUCGACGUCCCGUUCCCUCCGGAGACCUUCGCCUCGCUGCCGCAGGAAGUGAAAAACUGUUUGAUACGAGUUCAUCCGGUUCUGUUUAACAUCGGAAUCAACCAGCAGCAGAGCCUGGCUGAGAGGUUUGGGGACAGCUCUCUGCAGGACCGACUGAACCAGAGCAGCUGUGAGCGGUUGAAGACGUACUGCAGCUCCCUGAGGGACUCGCUGCCUCAGCAGGCCUUGGUCUCUCUGUCUGAGCUGCUGGCGUCUCUGGAUCGAAGCCUCGACAACAAGAAGAGGAAGAACGUGGAGGUGCUGUGGACCGCUGCCAUGGUGUGUCGGCAGGUGAGCGGCGUGCGUCUGACCAGCUGUAAGAGCGCUAAGGACCGCACGGCGAUGUCUGUGACUCUGGAGCAGUGUGUGUUACUGAGAGAGAGACACACACUCAGCAACACACACUUCAGCACCGCACUGGACUGUAUGAGGAGGGACGGCUGCAGGCUGGAGAACGUGCAGAAGAACGUGGGCAGCAGGAAGUUCGCCUUCAGCAGCGUUCAGCUUCUCACCUUCCCCAAACUGUACCGACCUCCAGACGGAAGCUUCGGAUGACCAACUUUUAUUUUAUUUAUCUACAAAAGUUUUUUUAUCUUGUUUUAUCCUGUAAAGUGUGUAGAGUUCUAUACGUUUGUACAUUUAAUUUUUAUGUUUGUAAUGUUCGGCUGCAAGUGUUUGUUUAUAAACACGAUUCUGCAAUAAAUUAAUACUUGAUUUCA